AUGUCGGCGACGGCAGUUAUGUCGACGACCUCUUCUCCAGUGACCUCUCCUUCAGCAGCCGCAGUCUCUUCGCCGAACCCUAAUCACCCCGCGCUGCCACCUCUAAUCACAUCUCCGUCAUCGCGCCGAAGCGUUCAGUCCCGACCAAUGUCGCACGUUUCCAAGAGCCGACUUUCCCAAUACUCGACAGGCUCUUUGCCUACGAGAUCCCGUCCGAAUUCUCAUAUAUUUCCAAUGUUCCCCUCGACUCUCUCGUAUACACAAGUGCGGGACUUUGCCUACCCUGUCACUCAUCCUUUACAUUAUGGCCCGCCGCCUGAACCUUCGGGCCCGCCAUCGGGCAUGACGACGCCCGCAAGCGAGCACCGGCGAUUGUCAGACCCUCCGGGCUCCUUGGACGCACGCAUGCCUUGGGAAUCAUGGGGUACUGAAGGAUUCAACCGUGCUCAUGACCUCGCUCCCAUCCAGUUCGACGGUGGCCCCCCAUACAGCGAAGACGAGGAUUUGCAAAGCCCCGUCGUGGCCACACGCCACCGCAAGCAUAAAUCGACCUCAGCAGCGACAGGCAUGAGGGGGAGGACAGGUCGUGAUGAUGUGCGUUCGUCCAACUAUGAUCAUGAGCGGGGUUACUACAUGGGAACUAGUGGAGACGGCAGCGAAACAUACUAUGUGAAUAGUGGUAACGAGGCCAACGGUCCUGGCGGAGAUUUUGUCACAUAUCCCCCAGACCAGGCACGACACAGCCGGGCAUAUCAUAUUGCCCAACAACCUAGGGCUGCCGAGGGCGGUGAGUACUAUCAGCCCGAGUCUGACAGCUCCCCAUCGUCCCCAGGCUUCAAUGACGAGUCUCGCUAUUCACGAGAUUAUCAGUUUACUAUUACGUCACCGGACGAAGAGUUCCAUGGCAAGGCCGUUGCCUUGUUCGAUUUCGAGCGAGAGAACGAGAACGAAUUGCCUUUGGUCGAGGGUCAAAUCAUCUGGGUUUCGUACCGACAUGGGCAAGGCUGGCUGGUUGCCGAAGACCCCAAGACGCAAGAGAGCGGCCUGGUGCCCGAAGAAUAUGUCCGAUUACUCCGCGACAUCGAAGGAGGAAUGAACAGCCUGACUGGUCAUCUUGUGGAGGGAUCUGGCUCUCCUGACGUGGGCACACCUACCCAAGCGGAGCAUAGCGGUCAAUAUGGCCACACUCCAUCUUCCAGCAAUGCGACUAACGGGUAUCAUCAGCCAAUCGUGUCGAUGUUCUCGACAUCGAGCAAAGACCUUGACCCGUAUCCCACCGAACAACUGGGACUUCAGUCCGGACAAGCACCCCCGCAAGUCGUCCACUAUCACGGGCAACGCGGGGGCAGCCAAGCAAACACGCCGACAAUCGCGCAGUCUCAAGAUACUGGCAUUCUGAGGAGGGAGAGCCACGAUGGUGGAACGAAAAGGGACUCUAACGUCACGCCGGUGCAGGAGAAGCCACCAAUGGAACUGGGAGAGCCGGCCGCCGUCGAAGAAGUGAAAGAAGUCGGGAGUAACAUACUUUUACUUGCGGUCAAGGUUAAUAAUAAAGUCCUCCGACGUAGGAUUACUAUUGUACUCGAUAUGUUGAGGAACAGGACUGGGAAUCAAAAUUGCAUUUACCUGUCUAAGUAUCUAGUCAUGGCCACCAUGGAAAUGAUUAAAGAAGACAUGCCGGAAUGCUUAAAACAUGUUGGCAUAUGGAAUCUUCACAUUAUGAGGGAGCGCCUAGAUGAAAUGGGACAAGAACAACUGGCAUCUUCAAGGGCUACAAUGACUGCCGCAGGAGAAGAGGCUGCGCAUUCAAACCAAAUAUCUAGAUCUAUACUAAACCUAUACCAGGUCCGACUGGCAGCCAAGGGAGCCUGUCUCUAUGUUGACGAACCCCAAGCGUUGAAGAAGGGCAAGAUCAAAAGGUGCAAAACCGAGUAUACAAAUCCUCAGUCAAUUAACGAAGAGAAUAUGCACAUGGCCGAUCAGGAUGAUGACAACCCUGAUAAGGAAUCAGAUACUAUUGCUUCAUCUCGAGUGUCAAAUGAGCCUGAUCAAAGACAGAUGGAGACGACAGGGGAUAGAGUGACUAUCAAAUGA